UUUUUUUCGAAGCUUUCGCGAGCCCUUGCGGACGCCCACCUGCUGGCCGCUCUCCUCGCUGCCACCACCCGCCGGUCUCCGCCGUCGCCUUCCUCCCCAUCAUCACCGGCGUCGGCCUUCCCCUGUGCUUUCUUCACACAGACCUCCGAAAAAGAAAGACGCCGACCUCCUCCUUGCUCUCCUUGCCGCCGCCUCCCACCGGUCUCCGCCGUCACCUUCCUCCCCAUCAUCACCGGCGUCGGCCUUCCCCUUUGAUCUCCCUCAGUAAAAUAACAGAGCACUUGUGUGGAGAAGGUCUUCUGGUUGGCACUUACUUAUCCUUGAUCCAAUGGAAGCUCUCGGCUCGACUUUGGGAAUUCAGGUUUCUUCUGGCACAAAUAUUACCAGAAGGCAGUAUGGACCAUUAACCUUAAGAUCACCAUCUCGAAGUAUGGUUUCUUCAUGUUAUAUUGCAUAUUGGGAGCUAAGACUUGAGAGAUCCUGUUUUGCUUCGAAGCUGGCAUUGCAUAAGACAGCGAGGAGCAUGACGGAUUUUGAGUGCAGAAGCAGUAUUCAGGAAGAUAAAAGCUCUGUUCAGACCAAAAGUGGCUCAGGAACUCCUCUUCGAAGGAAAAAACUUGCUGUUUUUGUCUCUGGUGGAGGUUCGAACUUUAGGGCCAUCCAUGAGGCCACAGUAGAAGGAUCAAUUUAUGGAGAUGUUACAGUUUUGGUCACAGAUAAGCCUAGCUGUGGAGGCGCUGAAUAUGCAAGGGAUAAUGAAAUCCCAGUUAUUCUGUUUCCCAAGGGCAAAUCCAUAUCUGAGGGGCUGUCACCGGAUGAUCUUGUCUCUACUUUAAGGAAUUUUGAGGUCGACUUUAUUCUUCUUGCUGGUUUCUUAAAACUUAUACCCGUUGAAUUGGUUCGGGCAUAUCCAAGAUCCAUAUUAAAUAUCCAUCCUUCUCUUCUUCCUGCUUUUGGGGGCAAAGGAUUUUAUGGUUUAAAUGUGCAUAAAGCUGUCGUUGCAUCUGGGGCUAGAUAUUCUGGCCCCACAGUUCACUUUGUAGAUGAACAUUAUGACACUGGUCGUAUCCUAGCUCAGAGGGUUGUACCUGUGCUAGCAAAUGAUACCGCAGAGCAGUUGGCUGCAAGAGUCCUUCAGCAGGAGCAUCAAAUCUAUGUGGAGGUGGUUUCAGCAUUGUGUGAAGAACGAAUUAUUUGGAGAGAAGAUGGAGUCCCUCUAAUUCGACGCAAGGAGAACCCAAAUGGGUAUUAUUAACCAGAGGCUUGAAUUCAUCUGUUUUGCUUGAGGCAAAAUCCCAAGUAUGUCUUUUUGGGGCAAUGAUUCCUUUUUUCCUUGUAAGGAACUUAGAAAGCUUAUGCUUUUGCCAAUUUUGAUCAAUUAUUGCUCCUUUUUUUUUUUAUCCUUUUUUCUCUGUGUGGAGCUAUAUUUGUUUUACCCAUUUGUGUUACUUACCUGGCCAACAUAAAUUCAAAGUGGAACCAUCGAGCAUUUGGCAUCAUGAGACAGUAGCAUGCACCUUCAACAGAUUCUGAACAUCUCAGUGUAUAUCUUCUCUUAUGUGGCAAAAAUUUUGACUUUUGCUCUAUUAAAACUGAUUGGUGAUUUUAUGCUAAAUUUGAAGCUCAGCUCUGGUUUACCUUGUUCCAGGGCAGGUGGUCUGACAUCAAUGCAAACCAAACUCAUUACAUUUCAUGCAUGUCCUCCUAAUUGUCGGUUAAGUCUUGCCAUCCUUUUGUUGAAACUUGAUUCUUUCUAGAGUUACGAGCAUAUCUUGUAUGUGGAGAAGGGUAACGUCUUGUGAUUGUUUAAUUGAUGUUGGAGUUCAAUGAAGCUUAUUUGCUGGUGUGGCUCAUAUGUUGGUUGUAAUCUUGUAAUGUUUGCUCAAUAAUUGAUCAUUCUAUCGUUAGUAUUGUUAUUAGAAUAAGCUACACUUCAGCA